CUCCGGCUUCUAAUCGUCUUCUUCAGCAUCCCCUUUUUUUGUGCUCGAAAGCCUUGGGCUUCCGAGUUUUGCCGCUUGAGCCGCCGGGUUCUCCGGCUGCUCAAGCCCGAUGGAGCCGGCCUGUUCCCUGCUCCGAUGACCCCAUGACGUCUCGCGGCUCCUUGCUCCCUCACGCAAAUCUACCGAGCUACACGCUGGAAUUCCCAGAUCUGGCGACCGUCGCCCAGAUCUGGUCUUCGCCUGUUCAUCUUGGUUCUUCGCGAAACCCAGACGGGUUCCGCGAGGAACCCAACCCAGUGUUGGGUGGCGGAACCUAACCUGGUGCUAGGUUUCUUGAGGAACCCAGUUCCUUGAGGAACUUAGUUUUGGGUUCCUGGGUUUCGUGAGGAACCCAGAUCUGGGUUUCGUGAGAACCUAGUUCUAGGUUCUUGGGUUCCUCGAAGAACGUAGGUUUUAGGUUUCGCUCUAUUUUUCUUGCUCUGUUUCUUUGGUUUCGAAUCGAGCCUGAAAAGGGAAAUGACAGAGAAACGAAGACGAAGAACACUGCCAUUGUUGGGGAACUCAACUAAAACUGGAAAAAGAAAACAAUUUGUUUUUU